AUGUCCACUCAGAGCUCCUGGCCACCAUCCCUGAAGGAGUUUGUCAAUCAAACCUUUUCCCGCUGUAAUGAUUCAAACCGAACAGAUGUCGAGGCCGAACUGAAAUCCCUAAUCUUUGAAGCUUAUAAAAGCGGUAAACUGUGGACUAUCAACUGGGCUGACGUUCAACUCCAAACACUCUUACCGAUAACUAAACGCAAACAAAACCCGUUGACCUUUACUGCUGCCUGCCCCGUCAUCAAUGUAGAUGAUGAAGACGACCGCAGACAGAAAAGGUUGCGUCGGUUUGACAGAAUCCCAGCAGCUACCUCGGCCGUUCAUGGCCUACACAUUACGAUCUAUGAUGAUGGGGAUACCAAUGGUUUUCCUCACAUGUCUGCUGAUUAUCAAAAGAACAUCCCUGAUUGGGAUCAUCACACCAUUGUUGGCUGUUCCCAAAAACUCGAAAAGCCUUACUUGCGACUCACUUCUGAGCCUAAUCCGGCGGAUGUCAGGCCGUUAGACGUUUGUAAAAAAACCUUGGAUCAUCUGAAAUCCAAGUGGCGCUCCGAGAGUAACUAUAAUUGGAUUUGUGACCAAUUCAAAAGCCUUCGACAAGAUUUAACUGUUCAACGAAUUAAAAAUAAGUUCACCGUAACGGUUUACGAAACUCAUGCUCGCAUCGCUCUAGAAAAAGGUGAUCUUGGCGAAUUCAAUCAAUGUACCAGUCAGUUGCGCCCACUGUAUAAACUGGGCUUGGAAGGCCAUCAAGAUGAGUUUUUGGCGUACCACAUCCUGUAUCUUAUUUACUCACGUAACCACAGCGAAUUGAACGAGCUUUUGUCAAGUAUUCCAGAUUCUCUCAAGCAGGCCACAUGUGUCCAGCAUGCACUUAAAGUGCGUUUUGCCGUUUCAACUGCCAAUUACCGGAGAUUUUUCAAGCUAUUCUGCGAGGCUCCUAUGAUGGCUGGAUACUUGAUGGACAGGUUUAUUGAGCGCGAGCGCAUUAGAGCCUUAGCGAUCAUGGCACGGGGGCUCCGCUCUAUUCCAAUCUCGUAUCUGACCAAGCAAUUGGCUUUCGAUUCCGAAGAGGAGUGUUGCGACUUCCUGAGAUCCCAUCACGCGCAUUAUUUCGAAAAGAAUUCGAGACUGUGGGAUCCUAAACCAGCCAAAGAUGCUCUACAGCAAGCUGCGCUAAAGACGCGGAAGGUAGACAUCAAAGGACAAAUUUAA